AUGACUGUGGCUGAAUAUGCAGCCAAGUUUGAGGAACUGGUGAGAUACUUUCCCCAUUAUCAAGGGAGAGAUGUUGAAAGUUCCAAGUGUGUAAAGUUUCUGAAUGGCUUACGACCUGAAGUGAAGCAAGCUGUGAAUUACCAAGGUGUUCGUCAGUUCCCACUUUUGGUUAACAUGUGUCAGAUUUGGGAUGAAGACUCCCGAGACAGGGCGGCCUAUUAUAGGAGUACAGGUCCAAUGAGGAACAAAAAGAAUGGGCCUCAACAUCGAGGAAAACCAUAUUCGACUCCUCCUAAGCAAUAUGGUAACCGCCAUGACAAUCAGAGGAUUGCUGCUAGGGGAUUUGCAAGUGGUAGCGGUAGCAAACCCAAUACUUUCUCCACUCAUAUCAUUUGUUACAGGUGUGGUAAGCCAGGGCACAUCUCGAAUUUUCCCGAUAUAGGCGUAAUAUGUUUUAAUUGUGGACAAAAGGGACACACUCAAAGAGAUUGUUCACGACCCAAGAAAGAGCAAAAUGGUGGAGGCCCGAAUGGUCAAACUGGACAUCCAAAGGCCACGGGAAGAGUCUUUACCCUUAAUGGUGUUGAAGCUUCGAAAUCCAAAGAUCUAAUCCAAGGAAAACUUAAGCUUUCUAUGUCUUCUUUAAAUAAAGAUCUAGUAGUAGAGACCCCUACUAGUGGUUCUGUGUUAACUUCUGAUGUGUGUUUGAAUUGUUCUGUGGAGAUUUUUGGUAGGAUAUUCUUUAUUGAUUUGAUCUGUUUGCCUUUGAGCCAGAUUGAUGUUAUUCUUGUGAGUAAGGAUAUGAUGUUUUUCUUUGCCAACCAAGUUGUGGCAUCUUUAAAGGAAGAUGCUCAAGUGUACUUGAUCUUGUCUAGCUUGGAAGUAGAGACAAAGGUUUCUAUGUGUGACCUCCCUGUUGUUAAAGAGUUUCUGGAAGUGUUUCCUGAGGAUAUAUCCAGUCUGCCACCUGAGAGAGAGAUAGAGUUUUCCAUAGACUUAUUUGUUAGGCCUAGUGUAUCUCCGUGGGGAGUCCUAGUGUUGCUAAUGAAGAAGAAAGAUGGAACCAUGAGGUUGUGUGUGGAUUACUGCUAG